CCCUGACUACCUCUCGGAAACGGAAAGUUACUUAGGUUAUAGAGUUUUUUGGUUGUAAUUUGUAAUUUUCAGUAAACAAUAAUUGUAAUUGUUUUUAUUGAUUUGAAUCUGUGAAGAUUUGGGAUUCAAUUGUUAUUUAUUGUUUCCAGUGUUUGUAAUUAAUAUAAUCAUCAAAAAAAUGCAGAUUUACGUCAAAAAUUUAGAAGAUAAAAGCGUUGCUUUUGAUGUCAAUGAGGAAGAUGAUGUUUCAGAAUUGAUGUACGCUAUUCAACAACAAGAGAAUGUUCCAUAUGAAGAUAUUCGUCUUAUCUUCGGUGGCCAACUAGAACCUGGUUCAUCUCUUUUAGAGUACGGAAUUAGUGAUGGAUCUACUUUACACUUGGCUCUUCGAUUAAGGGGAGGUGCUAUCGAACCAUCUCUUAUGAUGUUAGCCAAGAAAUACAAUAUUGACAAGAUGGUUUGUCGUAAAUGUUAUGCUCGAUUACAUGCUAAGGCUACCAACUGCAGAAAACGAAAGUGUGGUCAUUCUAACAAUUUGAGACCAAAGAAGAAGCCAAAACAACAAUAGACUGUCUGUUUAAAUUCAUGUCCCCUGAAUAAAUUGAUGAUUAAAAUUAAUGUAUACAACCGUUAAAAAUGAA